AUGAUUAUAAAAGAGCUAGAACCAGAACAAAGAGAAGCAAAGACAAAUCAUCUACAGAUACCUCCAUGUAUCAUGACGCUCAUGCUGCUAAUUGUAUGUAACCAUGGAAACUCACAAAAACAACAGGAAGUUCUUCACGAGUUGCACGACCUCCUACACGGUGACGACGGACGGUAUGUUCGCAAUCAGUUAAGAGACAUAUCAUGGCAGAUUCUGGGAAUCUGUCAACAGAUCUGUGGAGACCACCAGGGAGCUCUCCUGUCUUAUCAGAAAUCACUCCGACAAGAGCCAUUCCAUGAGAUACAGGAGGCCACUAAAACGAGAAUACAAGACGCUCGCAGACAAGAACCUCACCCAGAAAAGUGCGGUACCGAUCACUGUGCUUCUUCUCCUUGUAAACAUGAGGGGACUUGUACAUCCGGCUCUACAACGUUUUCAUGUCAGUGUGCACAUGGUUUUAUCGGACCCACGUGUGAAGACACUGAUCACUGUGCCUCGUCUCCAUGUAAAUAUAACGGAACGUGUACAUCCGGCCUAACAACUUUCUCAUGUCAGUGUUCAGAUGGCUUUAUCGGAGAUAAGUGUGAAAACACCGAUCACUGUGCCUCUUCUCCGUGUAAAUAUAACGGAACAUGCACUUCCGGUCCAACAACGUUCUCAUGUCAGUGUGAAGAUGGCUUUAUCGGAGAGACAUGUGAAGGAAGCCCCCCUGCGGAAUGCCUGACUGACUCGGACCCCAAAGGACAACUUUACACUGGAACACAGAAUGUUACAAUCCCGGGAGACGUGUGUCUGAGAUGGGACAGUCCGUUGCCAGAUGUUCACCUGUUUCCUAAUCUUCUUGACCAAGCUAAUUACUGUCGAAAUCCAGACAAUGAAUCCGGCCCCUGGUGUUUCAUAUUGAACCCGGAAGCUACUUGGGCUCUGUGUGAUAUUCCUUCUUGUUAA